CAUGUUUUCUUAACCUAACAUACUCUAUCUCAAAAUCGAGUAUCGAUAAGGAAGUUUUUCCAUUUUAUUUUCCUUAUUUUAUUUAUAAUGGUCCGAAGAUGACAAAUGUAGCACCAGGUGUUUGUGCUAUUAAGGCAGAAUAUAUCAUUCAAAGGUCAGAUAAAUGUAACACCGUUCAAGAAUCUGAAACAUCUUUAAAAAGAAAGCUAGAUGGAGAGAACGAAUAUGAAGAGAAGAAAAUUAAACAUGAAGAGCCGUCCCACAAAAACAAAAAGAGAGGUCAAAAUAAAGCAAGACCUAAAACAUUCAAAGAUGAAAUACAGAAUAAACCUUGCCCUAGUAUAUUAGACGUAAGUAAGAGCGACGAAAAAAAAUGUCAAUUUACUAACUGCAAAUAUAUACACAACCCUUUAGAUUAUUUAAAAACGAAACCUCAAGAUAUAGGUGAAAAGUGUCGAUUGUUUGAUAUCCGAGGCAGGUGUCCAAGAGGUAUAGGAUGCCGCUUUGGCUCAUGUCAUAUCACGCCUGAGGGCUAUAAUAUUACUGACGACAAUAAAAUCAAACAGUGGAAAGACGAUACCAAAAAUACACUGCAAAGUUCACUUCAGAUACAAUUGCAAAAGAAAAAAUAUGAUUUUAGUUUAGCUGAAAAUAUUGUGAAGAGUUUUAUAAAGAAUACACAAAAAAAUGACUCUACAGAUAACAACAAAAAUGUUAACAGUGGGACAGUAACUGAUGAAGAUUUAAUAAAACUGAACUCCCGUGAAAAAAAGAAAAUAGAUUGGAGUGAUAAGUUGUAUCUAAGCCCUCUCACAACAGUGGGAAAUCUACCUUUUAGAAGAGUAUGUAAAGAUUUUGGUGUUGAUAUUACAUGUGGGGAAAUGGCUCUCUGUGAACCAUUGAUUAAAGGUUUAAAACAGGAAUGGGCAUUAGUAAAAAGACAUGAAUGUGAGGACAUAUUUGGUGCUCAAAUAUGUGGAAGUAAUGCAUUCAUUAUCACCAAAGUAGCACAAUUAUUACAAGAAAAUACAGAACUUGAUUUUCUUGAUCUAAAUUUAGGAUGUCCUAUAGAUUUAAUCUAUAAAAAAGGUGGAGGUUGCGGGAUGAUGCAUAGAUUACCUGGAUUAGAGACAUCUAUCAAAUCUGCUUCAAAAUUGUUAGAUAUACCAUUCACUGCAAAAAUAAGAACUGGGGUGUACCAAGAUAAAAAAAUUGCUCAUACAAUUAUACCCAGAAUGUUUGAAUGGGGAAUAUCACUUGUAACAUUGCAUGGUAGGUCACGAGAGGCUAGAUAUACUAGAUCAGCAGACUGGGAGUAUAUAGAAAUGUGUGCAAAAGCUGUUGCACCACACCCCAUGUAUGGUAAUGGUGAUAUAUUAAGCUAUGAUGAUUAUGUUAAAACAAAAGAAGUAGCACCUUCAAUACAAGGCGUCAUGAUUGGUCGUGGUGCACUUAUUAAACCUUGGAUAUUCACAGAAAUUAAGGAACAAAGAAUGUGGGAUAUAAGCAGUAAAGAAAGAUUUGAAAUUAUUAAGAAAUUUACUAAUUAUGGUCUUGAACAUUGGGGCUCAGACACUCAAGGAGUUGAAAAUACGCGCAGAUUUUUAUUAGAAUGGUUAUCAUUCCUGUACAGAUAUGUACCAGUAGGUUUAUUAGAAAGACCACCACAAAAAAUAAAUGAAAGGCCACCUACUUAUAUAGGCAGAGAUGAUUUAGAGACUCUUAUGGCUUCAAGCAAUUGUAGUGAUUGGAUAAAAAUUAGUGAAAUGUUACUAGGUCCAGUACCUGAUGGUUUUGUGUUUUUACCUAAACAUAAAGCCAACUCAUAUUGAUAAUAUAUAUACUAUAUAUAUAUACUAACCAAGGACUCUUGUAACACCCAGCGUGAUAUUUUCAUAAAAAGAAUCUUCUGAUACUAAAUCUACAGAAAAACUCAUGAUAGUCAACAAAUUGAAUAUUGUCUAAAAUAAGCAACAUAAAAUGCCAUAGCAACCCAGUUGGAAAUGUCAAAUAAAGACUUUGUUUUACUGUU